AUGUCGGUCAUCGUUCCUCCCCCUCCUCCUCCAGGUCUUAACUAUAUUGCUGCCAUCCGACCUUCGCUCAACUUUAUCCUGGUCUUGACGCCACUGGGGGCUGUUCUAGUCCCCGUCAUCCUUACCCUAUUCUUCUUUUCAACUCCAGAGACUCGACGUCAUCCUGUUUUUAUCUUCAAUAUCCUUGCAUGCUGCAGUGGCAUAUGUGAAGCUGCUAUCAACGCUGCGCUGGAGACAAAACAGAUCAUCUAUCCUAACCAACCCGUAUCUCCGAGCUUGUUGACGGCCGUCAUCGCAUUUGCAACAAUAUCCCCUGUAUUCAUCGAUUCCAUUCUUCUUUUCCGGCUGCUUGCAUUUUUCCCGCUCCGGAUCACGCCAAAGAGAACCUUACUUGCGAUCUUACUUCUUCCUGUUCUCAUCAAGUGUGGACGCUUCAUCGCGAUCGUGCUGUACCUCAAUUCAUUCACGCAUACCAGUGGGCGUCUUCCGAGCGUACUUUUGGCGGCGCAAUCUACAUGGCCUCAUAAUCGAUAUAUCAUGACCGAAUGGUCUCUCCAAAUGGCGGACAAUUUGUGUGUAUUUUACUUUCUUUCGGGAUUCUGGCAAUUCUAA